AAUCUGUCUUCUAUUUAGCUCCUCCUUCACAUGUGGGCGAUUGUCAUUAACGUCAUUUUCUCCACUGUCCAGUCGCCAUUUCAGUUUACAUUUCCAUUCAAGAGAAAACAUUUGACUGGGAAGCUUCGUCAAAGGGAAAAGCGAGCAUCAUGAACGCAGAUCCAAGACGACCGGACAAGAUCCAACGUUACGCCCCCAACAAAAACAAUGCGAAUGGAGACGAUCUCACCCCAGACUACAUGAACAUUAUGGGUCAACCCCCGACCACGGCAAAUGCAGCUGGUGAGCCGGUAGAGAAACACCAGGACACGAAUGUCGAGCCGAUUCUUCACGCACGCCCGGACGACGUCCAGCUAGUGAACGAUGAACUCGCAGUUUCCUCUAAUGCCGCUAAUGUGAUCCCCACGAGCUCUCAAUAUGGGGUUGCGAUAAUCCCGACUAGUUUAAGCGCCCCUAAUAGCGAUCUGGUUAGUGACACAGUGCCGAUAUCUUCAGAUAACUUGACAGAAGCUGCUACGAAGACCGACGAGGCAAAGGAUCUUCACACCACGCCCAGUAGGAACGAUCGGUUCAAGGUGGUGAAAAUUGCCAGUUUAGAGCCGUUUAAGCGGGGCAGAUGGAAAUGUAUGGACUAUGUGGAUGAGGCUCCGCCCCCGAACGUGGUGAUUCCGAACGUGAACAAAGCGGCCCAAUCAGUGGGGGCCACCAUACAAGGGGGCGUGUACUUGCAGACGCAAAGCCUACCGCAGCAGCAGAUUCAGCAGAUGCUGCUGCAAGGCGGAUUUACCAAUGGGGCGCAGUUUUUCCCCAAUAUGCCCGCUCACUUGAUCCCGCAGGGUCAGUUCUUCUACCCGCAAGUAGCCAACGUGCAAAGCCAGACGGUAUCUCAGCAGGUUGCCACCAGCAUGCCCACGCAGUUCAUCAACAAUCAGCCAUAUUUUGCCGCUGGCGUCGUUACAAACGCCGGGGGAUUCACCCUGCCCCAAAGUUACCCAAAUAUUCAGUAUGUCCCCAUUCCGGCACCGGGCAGCGCUUUUGUUCCCACCACUCAAGCUGUUCAUCUACCCGCGAGUUUCCAGCAAAGUCAAACUUACGCAGGCCAACCGACGGCUUCGCAAGCCAACUUGAACCAGAGCAUGGUCAAUGGACACGCCUUCCCCCAGCAGUCCGACCAACCAGUACAAGGCAGCCAAUUGCCGAAUCAACCAGCGAAGAAUGUGAUAGUAGUUAAUUCUCAGCCUGUUAAUACUCAUGGGGUUCAGAACCAUCAGGCUCAAUCGGCUGCCGGCAUCCCCGCUCAGCAGUACCAUCAGCAGCAAAGUGCCGGCAGCUACCCCCAGCAACAGAUCCAGCCGAAUCAAACGCAAGGCGGGCAAAUCGUUCCUCCAAUAGCGGCAGCCCCUACUGUUAUCGCCCCAGUGAUUGGGCAGCAUCAGCAAGGUUUCGAUGCCAGCAAUGUGUACACUAAUCCGCAGUUUACCAUGAGUGUCCCCAGUUUGACUGUGCUCGAUUCGAACGAGAUCAAUCGCGAAGUGCCAGAUACGAACAGUGCAGUGGAGUCGAUCAGUGACAAUGCCGAAGAUCCCACCAAAAACAAUCCGGUUGUUAACGCCAUCGACAACAAGAUCGAACAGGCCAUGGACCUGGUCAAGAGCCAUCUCAUGUACACUGUGCGGGAAGAAGUUGAGGUUUUGAAGGAGAAAAUCGCCGAACUGAUGGAGAAAAUCCAGCAACUGGAAACGGAGAACAACUACUUGAGGGCGCAAAUUCCAAAGAACCAGGGCGUGGCGUCUCCGGCCGCGCCCAACGCCUCCUUCAACCAGCCUCAAAACAUCGCCGUCGUGAAUCCCAGCCCCAAUGUGAUGCCUCAAAGCUCAAAUCCGAUGAUCAGCAAUGCGAGCGUAUCGGCGCCCACCCCAAAUGCCUCUAAUCAAAGCCAAGCCAUUCCAAACAGCACGACUGUGCACCAAACGGGCAAAGAGGCCCCCAGCCUCCAAUAAUACAAGUAGUUUCGGCCAUUGUAGGUCUGUUGGUUAGGUGACUUUUUUCCUUUUACUGUUUGAACUGAUUGGAGACCCGCUGUUGCUUCCGAUAGCUUCGGACAGCUGAGAAAGUGUACAUAGUUUAAGGUCGAGUGGAUAGAGAGUAUCUGACUUUAGUAAUUAUUUUCUAGUUACGUUCUCUACGUGUUUGUGUCUUUUAUCUACCUCAGUAAUUUUAAAUUUCUUGCAAGGAAUCUGCGCCGCCCGGUAGCUAAGUGGAACUUUUUCAUGGAAAGUCAUUAUUAUUUAAACUGAUGCUUUUGCACUAAAAUCAGGUACUCUUCAAAGGCUCCAUUGCAUUCUACUAAAGCGCAAAAAGUCAUUAUAUGAUGGGUGUUCACUUUAUGAUUAAGUACAUGGGGCACAUGUUCAAACACCUUGCUUUUUUAUAACUAAUUUUUCUGAUAAAUAUAGACCUUUUUCGCCAACCCAGUUGUUUUUCAGUAAUUUCAUGGUGAAAAUUAAAGUAUGUUAGGAGAAUAUUUGCAUACUGGCGUAUCAUAUCCGGCUAUGAUCAUCCCUUUAUGGAUAUGGGACGCUUUUGCACGCGCACACGACCAGUUUCCUCCUCAUAAAGAAAAUAAAAUUGCGCAGUUUAUGAAACUAAGCCCCCAUGUACGUUUGCUCUAGAUUAGCGCGUUUUAGGACAACACUUAGCUGGAAAGGGGGCGAAAUGAUCGAUGUUACAUAGCGGAUUAUUUGUCAAUUACAUAUACCUUGUAGCCCAUCUUAGCUUGAUGAACUUCCAAAUCAUAGAAUAUGAUUUCCUAGUAGAUAGUUGAAUCGAUUUAGCUCUCUUAAGGGCCAGCAUCUUGUGCACCGAUUAGUUCAUGCCGCAUGAAGUAGUUCUAAGAUAUAAUGCAACCAACAUAUACUUAUCGCUGUUAUCGUAAAAGGAAUAAAUGGAAAAUUGGCCGAAACCUAUUGUAAUUGUAAAUCGUGUAAAAAAUUGUAAAGUAUGUAAAUUAACGAGAAAAGAAAGGCCAAAUGUUGAUUUGGUGCUAAUUAAAACUGUGAUUUUUACUAUUUUAAAAUAUUUUUCUGUUCGGUUUUAUCGUUUAUCCGGAUAAAUGAUAAUAAUAAAAAUCCCUAUUUUUGUAUACUCGCCGAAAUUCUGGACGCUCCAAUCUCCCACCUCGCCUAGAUUCUUCAUACCGUUUAAGGGUUAUUUUAAUUUUGUAAUGUCUUCGUUUAAUCGCACUAGUGAUAAGAGUAUGUUUUUGCGCUUGACGAAUUAAAAUAAUUCAGCAAAUACUUAGUGAACGAUCAAGGCUGUAGGCUAAUAAUUCGAAACGUGUAUGUUACUAGGAUUUAUUUAUCACUGUGUAUUGCAUAGUUAUUCAAAUAUAUAUGCCUAUCAAGAGAA